GACAGGAGAGUCACAUCCAGAGAAGAAGAAGAAGAAGAAGAAGAAGAAGAAGAAAAAGAAGAAGAAGAAAAAGAAGAAGAAGAAGAAGAAGAAGAUCUGCGUGGCCGAUCAAAUAUGGAAAAAAUGAAAUAUGACGAUUUCACACCGACUGCCGGAGAGAAGCUUCGCAUACAUUAACCCACCCCACUCCCACCCACCCAUUUCCGUUGCAGGAUGACCUGUCAGGUGCUACGUGCUGCGUCUCGGUCCACAUCAGGAGCAGCGCGCGGCGUCGCGUCCGCGUGUCAACUCAGAGGAAAUGCCAUCUCACCUAAGUGAUCUUCUCCCUCCUCUCGGAUUUUGAUCUUCCUCGGCAGGUCGCCUCGCCUCGCCUCGCCUCGCGUUGCUCCCCGUGGCCGCUGAUUGAAUGGCUGUCAUGACUUGUGCCCUCAGGACUGUAAAGCUACGAAAGCGGGACGAAAACCCUGCUCUGUUUGUGGCGUCUGCGUGUCCCUUCAACCUCUCAGUAAUCACACCCGGUAAUUAAGGCUGAGGAUCGCGUUGAAAAAUCUACUCAUCAAACAAUGGACAGACCCUCAGUGCGUCGACAUAAAGGACAAAGAUAUUUCCAGAUGCUGUGAAGUGGACGCAGUUUGUUUAAACUUUGCCAUGGGGAGGAGUUCGGACUGAAACACAGGGAGAUUUAAUCACACAGAGGAAGAGAGAAAGAGCGAGAGCCCGGAGGUGAAGUCAUGGUCAUCUCUGACAGAAACACCGGCACCCCUGUACCUAAAAAGGAGCCCCAGAAGAAGAAGAAGAGGAAGUCUCGCCCUCAUGGCCUGCCCUCUCCGGCACUCUGCUGUGCCUGUGGCCUAUGCAUCAUGCUGGCUGGACUCAACAUCACCCUGGUGGGAGCGUUCGCCUUUAGCACACUGGUGCCUUCUGCCAACCCCCCGAUCAUCAUCGGACCUAUCCUACUGCUGGUGGCCUUCUCCUUUUUCGGGGCCUGUUGCGUGUGCAGCCGCCUCCCCCCUCCCCACAGCUCGCGGAGGUCAAAGGUGGGCGGCAGGGGCGCCGGGUUGAUGGGACACGGCGGGUUGACCGGCGGGGCGGCAUUUGAAAUCGAGACCAGUGAGCACACCCUGCAGGAUACUACGGCCGUGCAGCUCAGCCCCACGUCCUCCCCCGGAUCCUCCCGGGCAUCCAGCCCGGAGAAGGACCCUCCCUACGCGGCCCUGCCGGGCUCCUGCAAGCUCUUCACCAUGGAGACCAAUGGCCCUUCUCCUGUCUCCGCCAGCGCAGUCUACUCAGCCUCCACAGCAGCAGGAGGGGAGGUGAAGCUCAACCUGCCACGUGAAGAAGUGGUCACCUAGCAGAGCAGAAACUCUUGCAAGGCCAGAGUGCCAGUGGUGUAAAUAUCCUUCUGGGUCGAGGGCUUGCUGAGUGUGAUUGUGUCCUCUAGUUUAUGUAGUGCCAUAUUUCUGGUUGUGACAAGUUUUCAGCAGUAUGCUUUUGAUUUAUCUUGCUGUGCAGCCAACUGGUAAUUAGCAUGCAAAAUUAAUGAAACAUCAGAGUAUUUGUGGAUUAUAGGUUUUGGAAUUCAAAUUCCUACCUCUCUUGUGCUGUUUUUUUUCCCUCCUGGUCUCUGUUUUUAUCUUUUAUUUUUUUAACGUGGGGCAUUAUGAACAGUUCUCAUGUAGAAAUCAAACUAAGUGUCUGAAAGCAUAAACAUUUCUCUUUCACUGUUAACUCUGAUUAGUGGAAAAGUCAGUGGUCAGCAGUGGUCUGAGAGGGCUCUCCUGAAAAAUGUGAUUUGUUCUGAAACUUCAAAGAUUACAUAUGAAAGGUCGAUGGUGAAAAGUUGAACUGUACAGGUAGUUAUGUAGUGACAUUUGGCAUUUUGUAUGCCGUCCUCAGUGCUGAACUUGUUUUGGGGGCAUAAAAUAUUAUAGGUCACAGGGGUCCCAAAGCAAUAUCGUCUCACCUGAGAUCAAAUUCUUGGCAUUUACAGUUGCUCCCACAAGUAAGUGAUUACACACACUGCUUGUCUACAGCCAAUACAUUUAUAACAAACAAUGGUGCAUAUAGAAAAGUAUGUUACAGUAUAUUUACAUGUAACUGUUCCACUGCUUGUGGAAACUUGUAGUUUGACAAGCUUUUGUCAUCACACAAACAUAAACACUGUGAGUCACAUGUUUUCUCAACACGGUCUUGACAGUUUCUGAUUUCACAUGUGCAUUUUUAUUGAAGGUAGCCGCUACUCAAACUGCAGUUUUAAGGCCACAUUCAUCACAGUUUGUGUUGCAGGUGGAGGAGAGACUUGCCUCACCUUAACGCAUAAAAAUGUGUCAUGAUGACAAAGUCGUCAUCAUGAAUUCAAAUUUACGGCGUGAUGUGACACAGAGAGAGCAUAUCGUUAGACAAAUGUGAACGUGUGAAUUCUCGUUUUUCAUGUCUGAUAGAUAGGACAGACUUUACCUUGAUAUUCAGCAGAAGUUGACCUCACUGGACCUAGUGCACACAAUAUGGGAAAGCCAAGGCAAAGUUUAGAUAUUUAGAUCGCAUAAAAAGUAUUUGUUCCCCAUCACUGUGAUGUCCUCAUGUCAGUUAUAAACCUGACUGGUCAAAAAAAAAAAAAAAAAAAAGACAUUCAAACCCUGACUUCCUUUGAAAGGAAAGUUGCCUUAGACUGAGAUAUCAGGAUCAAACUAAUGAGGGCUAUAUAAAGUGCACAAUUGCAGUUUUCUUCAGAAAGCCUUUGUUUGGCUCUGGAUUUCUAUUCCAUAUUGUUAGGAAAGCCUCAACAGCUCUGUUUUUGUCAAUAUAACAAAUGCAUGCAAAUGGCUUAUAAAUGUUCCAUCUCAGAAAUUUAUAUGAAGCAGCAGAAACUCGUGUAUACAGACACACAGCCGCUGACCAGCGCAUUCCCUUAUACAAUAUUAGCCGUCAUUAUUUGUGACAAAGCUCCUUGAAAGGACCGGUUUCUCUGUCAAAGCUCUGUCUCAAGCCAAAUUAGAGGUGCUGAGCUUCAUUUUGCAUGUUCAGAGAGCUGAAUUAUGGAAAUGCAAACACCCUGUCGUGAACUAUUGGUGUUAUCUAUGUGUUUUGAUUUGUGUGGCAUACAACAAUCUGAAACAUGUAAAGGAUAGAAUAUUUUUGUGAAGAUUAUAAUUUUGUUUAUUUUAACAGCAACCGAUCCAAAUUUGAAUCCUUGGGAAGAUAUAAAUAAAAAAGGCUCUUUCAGUAGAACAUGAAGUUGCUCAUUAUGUAUACGUGGCAUGACACCAUGUACUUGCUACAUUGCAUUUUGUGUCAUCAUGAAGUGAAAUGAAUAAAAAUGUUCAACUGGA